GCCACAUGGUUCACAGCUGGUGUGACACGAGGUCUUUGCGCGCUAAGCUGGUGGCUGGCUCUGUUCUUCAAGCCCGGGGGCAUGCCUUGUGCUUGUGUUGCCAGUGCGGUGCGGCCCCAUUGAAUGCUUGUGGUUUCUCAGUCGAGCAUGGAUGCUCUCUCCUCUCCCCAUGCGGGACAAGGUUGGGCGUCACCGUCUCUUAUGUCAUACCCGCAUCCCGGGAGCCCUGAAGCUAGGGACGCCUCGCUCUCCCCAGGCAACAGCAGGUCACAGGGCCUCGGAAACAGCCAGCCAGGGCGCGGGUGAGCUGCGAGCUACUGGCGACGGCCUCGGCCCUCUGCAUCUCCCUCCACUCCAUCGGCGCCAACACUACCGCCCUGCUGUUGGUGCACCUCACCGCGAGUCCGCCUUGCCGCCCCACCGAGAACAGGCCCGGACCAACCACGGCGGUUACAUGCAUCAGAGCCUUUGCUUCUUUGCUCCCGAUCUGCUGGCCGGACUAGAAGCAAAGCCGGACGGGUGCACACUGCGUUGGCUUGAACCUGUUGACGUAGUAACACAUAUUCCUAUAUAAACCCCUAUCUUCUGCUGUCUGCUCCUCGGCCGGGCGUGGCUCUGGCCGGAGCUCCCUCUUGUUUGGAAUUUCCGACUUCCGAUUGACUUGGUCUGGCCCGGAUCCAAUAUUACAUCAGAGAUCCCGCACGCAGCCUUCAGCCACUGCGAGGAUCGCCUUGCCCUGCUUACCGCCCAUUUGCGGUUCCCAACAACACGAUAUCUUGCAUCCCAGACAGCCACCACAGUUGACUCAACCGGCGACUAGUCUUAGGUUGAGGCCACCACCACCCCGCCGGCAUCUCCACAUUGAGCACAUUUAUAUCCGUUUCUAGGGCGCGCCUUUUCAUCUUUGCCAGUCUUGGCACCUCCAUUUCUAUAGGUACCUACCCACAGCCUUCCUGCCUCUCCUUCCUUUAUCGAGACGGCCCAAUCUGGCUCAAUCUGAUUCACCGAUCCAAGACUUUCGUAUAAGUGCUCUAUUUAUCACGCAUCCUACGCCGCUAUCCUUCCUCAAACACAGCCAUCCAAGUCUUGCAAUAUAAACUUCUUUCAUCCACACACGUUUUCUUUUAUCACCAGGCCACAAUGGACUCCGGCAACCAAGCCCCCAGCCGGACGGCGACCCCGGCUGGCCCCAACGGGAACGGAAUCAAGAGGACCAAGAUUUGCGUCUAUUGCGGCUCCUCCCGCGGCAACGACCCUGCAUACUUGCAGGCCGCCCGUGACCUCGCCAAGGUCAUGGCCGAGCACGACAUCGACCUGGUAUACGGCGGCGGCACUGUCGGGCUGAUGGGGGAGGUGGCGCGGACGCUGGUGUCGCUCAAGGGCCCCGAGUCGGUGCACGGCAUCAUCCCCGAGGCGCUCGUUAGCUAUGAGCGCGAUCCGACCUACACGUCCACGUCGGCCGCCGCCGGCGCGGACGGGGACACGCUGCCGGUGCCCGACGAGAAGCUGUACGGCAUGACGACGGUGGUCAAGGAUAUGCACACGCGCAAGAACAUGAUGGCGCGCGAGGUGCUGGCCGGCGGUCCGGGAAGCGGCUUCAUCGCCCUCCCGGGAGGCUUUGGUACCAUCGAGGAGCUGGUCGAGAUGUGCACGUGGAACCAGCUGGGCAUCCACGACAAGGGCGUCGUGGCGCUCAACAUCAAGGGCUACUACGAGCCCAUCCGGCAGUUCGUCGCGAGCAGCGUCGAGGCCGGCUUCAUCCGCCCCGGCCAGGGCGAGAUCCUCACCUUUGCCGAGACCGCCGAGGAGGCCAUCCGGACCCUGCGCGACUACAAGGUGUCCGACCAGGUCCUGAAGCUGAGCUGGGGGGCCCAGUGAUUGGGGGCGCGGUACACAUGACUUGGGGGAGAAUACAGAAUAUGUCCCGGCAGAGACAUGGGGGAGGACAAGGUUUCGGGGGGGCCCAGUUGGCAAAGGUUCCAUGGCACACGGCGCCCAUGGUUGCGCCAAGACGCUUGCCGUGGUUGCGCGCGUGAGCGCAUGGCGCUCUGCGAGAUGUUGUACAAUACCCACCCAUGUCAGUCCGAACGAGCCGGCGUUCGCUUUUUAAGCCGGUAGAAGUGGCUACAAGGAUAGAGGACAAGAAGAACAAUAAAAAAAAGAAUCAAAAAGAUAACAAGGUGCCCCUAUCUCUCUGAAUAUUAGUAUUUGUAAAACUUCG